CGUCUCUUCACAGAAUUUCGAACUACUCGCAAUGUCAGCUACGAAAGCAGCGUCAAGGAAACGGGAAUCCGAACUCGAUCGCAACAAAACUGAAAAGAAGAACCGAUCAGAUAAACAGAAUUUCGAUCUCGAUUUGGAUUUUGAUAUCUCUGAUGAUCUCAAAGGAAUUGUGUCGGCGCUGAACCUGAUAAGAGAUAAGGCACAGAAGGAUGGACAAAAGAAGAACGAAGAGACUAUUUCUAGUGUUGCCUCUGAGAUUAAGUCUACUAUUGAGGGAUUGAGGACCAAAUUUGAGAAGGAAAGGCAAACUUUUGCUAAGGCGCUUUCAAAGAGUUCCAAAGAGUUUGAAAGUUCCUUGAAGAAUGAAACUACUAAGUUUCAAGCACUUCAUGAGAAUUUUUACAAAGAGAAAGCUACUUCUCUUCAGGCCUUUCAAGAUAUUAUUUCCAAAUUUGAAGAGGAAAAGGAAAAGCUAUUCAUGAGAUAUGAGCAACUAAGGAAGAAGGAAAAAUCUAUGAUAUCCGAACAAGAGAAAUCCUGCAAUGAUAAAAUUACCCAACUUGAAGGGUCACUGAAAAAGAAGAAAAAGGAUGAUAAAACUUUCAGCAUGCUAAGGAAGACUCUUGGUUCGUUCUUGGAGAGUACCUCGGACGAUGAUUUCCCACCCGAUGAUUGAAGAUGCAAUACACAGAGAUCUUUUGAUGCAGCUACAAUUGCUUAUUCUAGUAUAAUAUUUCACUGGAAAAGAAGUUACUAUAGAUAAAUCGGAGACUUGCGAGUCUCUUUUGCAUAGUUCCACUUAUAUUUUAAUCCUUUAUUACAAUCAGCUUUUGAAAAUAUACAAUACAAAUAUGUGGUUAUGUUAAGAAAUUCAUUUAUCAGGUUUUCAUGCUUUA